GAAAAUGAUCUUCAAAAUAACUGCACACCAUGGGACCAAAAUAUCAACAUGCAUUGAAUAUUUUUUUCUCUUCUGUGUCUGACGUUUUGAAUGUGAACAUUUCAAUAUGCUUGCACGUCAGUGGUUCGCACAUUUGUAGCCGGUAAAUCACAAGCUGCGACGUCAAAGACAUGCAGAACUACGAUUCCCAGAAAACCCUAGCUGCUAGAACCGGAAGUCCAAGCUUGUCCAUGGAAAAGAGAGAAGUUGAAAAGGAUUGCCAGUAUCGAAGCAGUAAAUGAGGGAAACGUCCGAAUUCCGAGGUUUCCAGAAAUUGCCAUAAUCUCUGUCGGGGCAGGGUAGGAUCUUCAUCCACCUAUUUGCUUGUUGCUAUGGCAAUUCUAUUUGCUGUGGUAGCUCGUGGCACCACCAUCCUCGCCAAACAUGCCUGGUGUGGUGGCAACUUUCUCGAGGUGACCGAACAGAUCCUGGCCAAAAUCCCCUCCGAAAACAACAAGCUUACUUACUCCCAUGGCAGCUAUCUCUUCCAUUAUGUCUGCCACGACAGAAUCAUCUACCUGUGCAUCACAGAUGAUGAUUUCGAGCGGUCACGAGCCUUCAGCUUCCUCAAUGAGGUGAAGAAGCGGUUUCAGACCACGUACGGGUCAAGGGCACAGACAGCCCUGCCCUAUGCCAUGAACAGCGAAUUCUCCAGCACACUGGCUGCACAGAUGAAAUACCAAUCGGACCCUCGGGGAACCGAUCGCGUGACAGAGACGCAAAUGCAGGUGGAUGACCUUAAGGGCAUCAUGGUCCGAAACAUUGAUCUUGUGGCUCAGAGAGGAGAAAAGCUUGAACUUCUCAUCGACAAGACGGAGAACCUGGUGGAUUCGUCGGUCACCUUCAAAACAACAAGCCGUAACCUAGCUCGUGCCAUGUGCAUGAAGAACCUGAAGCUCACGGUUAUCGUAGCACUGGUGGUACUGGUCGUGCUGUACAUCAUUGUUUCCGCAGCCUGUGGCGGGCUUAGCUGGCCCACUUGCCUCAAGAAGUAGGACGACAGACAGCGAGUGAAAGAGGGGAAAAUAAGCGACAAUAAGAAGAAAAAAACAUCAAGUUGACAUAAAACGCCUCCUACUCUUGCUUCCUGGGGGUCUGUAAGGGAAAAACAACAAGUAAAAGAAAAACACAAAAGACGGCACUCUCAAGAAACAUUUUUGUAACCACUUGAGCUCCAUUCUUACUUCGCCUGGUUUGACCCUCCUCUCCUCCUCAUCUUCACCAUCUCGUCCUUCCUGCUCCUGGUCUUCUGGAGGAGGAAGUCCAACAGGAAGUCACGGCGAACGCCGGCCACACCGAUGAGGAAGUGGAGGUGUGGCGACAUUCCCCCCUCACCCCGCCCCAUGCAACACCACACCAGCCAGUAGCAGAGAUGCAGACUUCAGUGUGACAAACCACAAACUUUUGCCCAUGUUAUGUUUGUUUGUUUUUUCCCUUCUCCUUUCCCCUUUUUCUUUUGUUCACAUAAAUGCAGUAGUAUGAUGGAAUGAAGACGAGUUGGAUUGACUGACUGACUGACUGAACAACAUAACUGACUGCGUUCAACUAGGCUAGUAGUGUGUGUUUGUAAUCUUCAGGUUUGAAGCAUGGUUUCACUUUUUUUUGUUGCUUUGGUUCCUUUACGACACCAGUCACAAGAUCCACUGUUUCAAGUGAUGUACAUGGACAUGUUCACUUCCAGUGCAUAAGAGAGGAGUUCUCCACAGGAAGUGACAUUCAUCAGGGUAGCCUUUGACCUCCCUUCUGAUUGGUCAUAGUUUAACGGUUAUGGUUGGCUGGUAGAAAAGACCAUCUUACUAGCCAUGUUGACCCAUUAGUGAGCAUGUUUUGGCUAGUAAGAGUACUGUAACAUCUACAAGCCGGUUUGGCUGGUAGUGGAAAAAAAGUUAAUUUAGGGCCCUGGUUGUUUCAUGUGGAUUGCUGCCUAAAGGAGCAUCUUUGCCAGUGAGUUGAAGUGAGUUGGUUGGUUGGGUCAUGGGUUUGCUUUGCGACCCUCCCUUUACCUACUAAACCUCAUAUGACUUGUGUUAAUAUCAUCAUCAUCAUAUUAUAUGUACGUACUACGAAGCCUUGCUGUCAGUAAGUGUAGCCAGCCAUCAUGUAUUCCCCUUUAGAGAAAAGAGUUGGAGCUGUCUCCCAUAGCGCAUUUGUGCCAAGGGCACGCCUCAUAUGUCUCAAAUCCUCUAUUGGAAAUCAGCAGGUUUGUAAAAAUGUGCUUACCACUGUCCAAAGCGGACAUCGUUUUGGGUUGUCCUGGGUUUUUUUUGUACAAUGUGAAUCUUUUUUUUUUCUUUUUUUUUGGUACGUAAUGCAAACUGUGGCCAUAGUGCAAGCUUCUCAAUCCUUGCCAGUCAUCCCUCUGAUUCAAAAUGUCCCAUACCUGAGGAUGGAGGAAACACCUGUGUUGUAAUGCCAGUACCUGUAACUCAAAAAACGCCAGCGCCGUGUGUCAUUCUUUUUUUUACUUUGAAACUGAAAUGUCAGGAUGCUUGGUCAACAAGCAUGGCCUUCUUCACAUGAUUUCCUGUCGAGUAGACAUGUAUCCUCUCCCAAACAUCCUGUGAAUUCACCAUCCAUCUAAUGCCAUUUUACAGUACCUCUCAUGUGUAGGUCUCAUUGACACUGAAUAUACGUCAGUGGUAGAUCUGGACUAUUGAGUCAGGGUAUUUAAGGGCAGGUACAAGCCUGCUAGUCUGUAACAGCCAUAGAAAUAAUAUAAAUACAAAAUCUGGAUUCUGGACAGCCAGAUUAUAGCAGGUAUCGCCAACAUUUAGAAUAACUUCAGUGUGGGAUUUUAUUUUGUUUUUUUCAGAGUAGCAAUUUCAGUCAUCCUCUUCCAAAUGUUUUUUCAACAAUGCACUUUUUACAUAUUACUUUGCUUCCUGCCAUGAUGUCUAUAAUCAUGUAAUUAUUUAAAGAUUGUCUAUCUAAAAUUUUAAAUGAAAAUAAAAAAGUAUUGUAAAUCA